AUGACUAACCGUUUUGUGGUUCCUAAAAUUUCAGAUAUGCCUGUUCCACCCUCCUCCAUCGGUGGCGUUUACCAGCCUUCUUGCCUCGAUCGAGUAAAAUACGGACUAAUGAUGGGAUUCUGCCUCGGUGUUGCUACUGGUGCUAUAUUUGGCGGAUUUAACUGUCUUCGACUCGGAUUACGCGGUCGCGAAUUGGUUCAAACAGUGGGCAAGGGAAUGCUCGGUGGUGGCGGUACUUUCGGAUUCUUUAUGGCUGUCGGAGUCGCCAUACGAUGUUGAAAAUACCAAUCCCCGAUCCCAUAUUUUGAAUUAAUCAGAUCAAAUUGUUGAGCACAAUUCCUUUGUCGAAGACCUACUAACUUCUUUCAUACUGACAUGUAAAAAUCUUCGAUUCAUGGAUAGCAUUUUCAGCACAAUAUACUUUUCAUUGCAUGUUUUUGGCGAACGCGGAACACGAGGAUUCUUGGCCAAGAUGUGCACCAGACUUAGCUUCGUGGAGUCAUCCGUGCGGUUCGUUCACAUCGGCAACGACUCAUCUACUGAGUUGAAGUUUCUUUGUGACUAUUUACAAACAA